AUGGUACACGUGGAGCACGUGCCGCUGGCCCGGCCGCACGUGGUGCACUAUGUGGAUGUGCACCUGCCGUGGUCGCACUCCCUCUGCGCCUGCUGCCUCUCCCGUAUGCUCCGCCCCGCCCCGCCCAUCACCUUCCGCAUCUCAAGCCUGGCCUCGCUGCGCAAGCACCUGCAGCAGCCCGUGGUGCCCACCAUGCCGCCCUUCCGCCUCGCCAACAAGCCCACGCCGCCCAUCCUCGCCUACUCCGCCACCGUCCCGCUCUCCGCCCCUCCUCGCCGUUUUCCAGGUAAUACCAGCGGCGCCUCUACUGGCGCAGCAGCGGCAUCGUUGGCGCAGCAGUAUCGAUGGAAGGCGGACGCGGCGCCUGUGGUUGCAGCAGAGGCCAUGAUGCUCGAAUGGCUGGCUGAGCCACGCGUCGGCCUGCUACUGGACUUCCACCGGUGCUGGACGCUCUACCGCAUGGCCGUGUCCAUUGCUGCGUUCCUCGUGCUUGUUGCCAGGUUCCCGCGCUUCGUCACUCUCUGGCGCGCGCACCUGCGCUUCCCUGAGAUGGCCUUUUCCGUAUUGGCGUUUCAGUUCGGAGCGGGGCAGCAGGUGCAGGGCGACUGCGUGGCGUCGCUGCUGCUGCAGGUGCUGGGAGUGAAGGGCAAACAGCAGCUGGAGACUAGCUUUGCUGCCCGCAUGCUGCCGCUGCUGCCGGGGGGGAGGGGCGCGCAUGGGGAGGCGGGAGGGGAAGGAGCGAGCCGGGGGGAGGGAAGAGAGGGGAAGGAGUGGAGGGAGGGGUUAGGAGGGGUUGAGUGGGAGGAGUAUGUGCGGCGCGUGGGGGAGAUUGCCGCCCAGGGAGGGCUGGCAGGCAAGCAGUACCGCUGCUGCUGCUCGCAGUGCUCCAAGGGCGAGAGCACAGAGGGAAGAGAAAAUGAAGGGGCCUUGGAAGCCGAAGCCGGCAAGCAGCGGUGGCAUGCUUCUCUCAUCUUCUCCGACUGUGCCGGCAGCCGCGACAAGGAGAGGGUAGAGGACGCUGCUGUGGAGGAGGCACGGAACCGGCUGGCUGCGGAGAAGGGGAGUGUGGAGGGAAGUGGAGUGCAGGAUAGAGGGAAGCGAGCAGUGGAUUCAGACGCACCAGCAUCAGCUCCUGCUGCUCCUGCUGGUGCUGGGUCUGGUGCUGCAGCCAGUGGGUCUGGUGCUGCAAGCGGCGCCGGCCUUGUCCCGGUGAACAGUAACGGGGUGGUGGCACUGUUCACGUUCGGCGCCGUGUCAAAGCCUGCAGGUGCGCCAGGCCUGGAAGGCUCGGCAACGACGGGCUGGAAGGAGUUUCCGGAGGGGGACAGGGCGGCAGUGGCGGCGAAUUUGAAAGAUCCUGGGGAGUUUAUUGGACUCAAGACCUUCCAGGUGGGGGCAUUUCAUGGCGGUGAGUUGGACAGCGAGGAGAUGAAGAAGGAGUACAACGUGAGGGAGCUCAACAUGCCAUACCCAGGCCCCUCCCUCGCUGGCUCGCCCAAUUUCAUAGGCACUCUGCGCAACAACUCCAGCGGCCCCUUCUUCCCCACACUGGGUCACCGCGUGGAGGAGUUUCUGAGAAGGUUCGCCCCUGCAAGGCUGGCAAGGGAGGGCAGGAAUGGUCCUCUGGCCCGGGCUAUCACCUCCUGGGCUAGCUGCAUGGACCUGAAGGAUCGAACCUGGACUCCUCUGGCUCUGGGGCCGUUCGCAGAGGGCAAGAUCAAGCCCAUCCUACGGUCCAGAACCGAGGUGGAGAUGAUUGUAGAGAUGAUCGCAGGCGUCCUUUACCCCGCGUCGGCCUGCGACCGCUGUCGGUACUGCAUCAGUGGGUACCAGGAUGCAGUCACUUUCUCCUCACUCGCCGCAAACUUCGCCUACCGCCCCUCGUCCGCGCUGCUGCAGUGCAUCCUCUCGCUCUUCCCGCCCCGAUCGGCGCGCUUCAGAAGCUUCUUGGAAUCCCUGCACGUGGCGCCCAUCCCUGCGGUGGUCCCAGACUCGCUUGUGGCGCCGCUGCUGGAAGGCGUGAUGGAGGAGCUUCGGGUGUUGUUUCUGUUUUGUGGCAUUAAGCUCAUUGUGGAGGAGAGGGGGGUAACGAGCAUUCUCCAGCCUGUCGGGCAGGACGGGGUAGGGCAGGAGGAGAGGUUGGGGCGGCAGGGAAGGUGGGAGGGGAUCGAGGAGUGGAGGAUGUGGGAGGAAGUGGACAGCUGGCGGCGGGCUGCUGUUAUGGCGUGGCCUGCUGUGGAGGGUCUUGGUGAGGCGGGGGUGGCUGGUGGUGAGGGGGAUGGGUUGGAGGAGUGCUGUGCGGCCAUGAAGCGCGUGCUACAGGAGGAGAAGGUCAUGGCGGAGGCACGUAGGCAAGCGGUGAGUGACUCUGUCGUUGCCGCUGGUGAUGCUAGGGGUGGAGAUUCGUAUGGGGGAGGGGAAGGCCCAGAAGGGGGAGAGAGUGGGGAGGGGCGGGAGGGGAAUGCAGGGGCGUGCUACUGCUGCCAGGCUCAGGUGGAUGCUGUUGCUGCCAGUGCUGCUGCUGCUGCUGCUGCCUCUGAUCAGGGGCGCAGUGGCAAGGGAGGGCGGCGUGUGUGUUCGUGGGCACAGUGUGUCGGGGUGGAAGGGGCGGGGUUGCAGCUCAAGCUAUGUUCGCGGUGCGGCAAGGCUGCCUACUGCAGCAGGGAGUGCCAGAAGGCCCACUGGCCGUUGCACAAGAUCACUUGCCAGCCCAAGGCCAAGAAGAGGGAAGAGUCUUCAUAG